AUGAAAUUCAAGCCUCAAACCAACUCUUCUUUGGAAUUCUAAGAGCUUUAAUUCUACUUCUACAAUGGCUGCUGCUACAAUGGCUCUUUCUUCCUCUACCUUCGCCGGAAAGGCAGUAAAACUCUCACCAUCUUCCUUUGAAAUCACAGGAAAUGGGAGAUUCACCAUGAGAAAAACUGCUAGCAAGGCCAAGCCCGUCUCUUCUGGCAGCCCAUGGUACGGUCCUGACCGUGUCAAGUACUUGGGCCCAUUCUCUGGUGAAGCCCCAAGCUACUUGACCGGUGAGUUCCCUGGUGACUACGGGUGGGACACUGCAGGACUUUCAGCUGACCCAGAAACCUUCGCCAAAAACCGUGAGCUUGAGGUGAUCCACUGCAGAUGGGCCAUGCUUGGAGCUCUUGGUUGUGUAUUCCCCGAACUCUUGGCCCGUAACGGUGUUAAGUUCGGCGAAGCUGUAUGGUUCAAGGCUGGAUCACAAAUUUUCAGCGAAGGUGGACUUGACUACUUGGGUAACCCAAGUUUGGUCCAUGCACAAAGCAUCUUGGCCAUCUGGGCUUGCCAAGUUGUCUUGAUGGGAGCUGUUGAGGGUUACCGUGUUGCUGGUGGACCUCUCGGUGAGGUUGUUGACCCACUUUAUCCUGGUGGUAGCUUCGACCCAUUAGGCCUUGCUGAUGACCCAGAGGCUUUUGCUGAGCUCAAGGUAAAAGAGAUCAAGAAUGGCAGACUUGCCAUGUUCUCCAUGUUUGGAUUCUUUGUUCAGGCUAUCGUCACCGGGAAGGGUCCAUUGGAAAAUCUUGCUGACCACCUUGCCGACCCAGUUAACAACAAUGCCUGGGCCUUUGCCACAAACUUUGUUCCUGGAAAAAACUCAAGCCUCAAAUCAACUCUUAAUUUUGUGCAUUCUAAGAGUUUUCAUUCUACUUCUAGGAUGGCUGCUGCUACAAUGGCUCUUUCUUCCUCUACCUUUGCCGGAAAGGCAGUGAAACUCUCGCCAUCUUUCUCUGAAAUCACCGGAAAUGGUAGAGCCACCAUGAGGAAGACUGCUAGCAAGGCCAAGCCCGUUUCUUCUGGCAGCCCAUGGUAUGGUCCUGACCGUGUCAAGUACUUGGGCCCAUUCUCUGGUGAAGCCCCAAGCUACUUAACUGGUGAGUUUCCUGGUGACUACGGGUGGGAUACUGCUGGACUCUCAGCUGAUCCAGAAACCUUCGCUAAGAACCGUGAGCUAGAGGUGAUCCACUGCAGAUGGGCUAUGCUUGGAGCUCUUGGUUGUGUCUUCCCCGAACUCUUGGCCCGUAAUGGUGCCAAGUUUGGCGAAGCUGUAUGGUUCAAGGCUGGAUCACAAAUAUUUAGCGAAGGUGGACUUGACUACUUGGGCAACCCAAGUUUGGUCCAUGCACAAAGCAUCUUGGCCAUUUGGGCUUGCCAAGUUGUGCUGAUGGGAGCCGUUGAGGGUUACCGUAUUGCUGGUGGACCUCUCGGUGAGGUUGUUGACCCACUUUACCCCGGUGGUAGCUUCGACCCAUUAGGCCUUGCUGAUGACCCAGAAGCCUUUGCUGAGCUCAAGGUGAAGGAGAUCAAGAAUGGUAGACUUGCCAUGUUCUCCAUGUUUGGAUUCUUUGUUCAGGCUAUUGUCACCGGAAAGGGUCCAUUGGAGAACCUUGCUGACCACCUUGCCGACCCAGUUAACAACAACGCGUGGGCUUUUGCCACAAACUUUUUUCCCGGAAAGUGAAUUUAACAAAAGUUAGUUAGAUUUCUAUACUUCAAGU